CUCUUACCAUCGUUACUACCACAACCACCAUCUACCUACGCUCAUCCACUCGUUACCACACGACUCAAUCCCUACCCAGAACCGUACGAGUCGUCGUUGCGGCGGGAUGUCGUACACUUCCUCACCCCCUUCGUCCCCCGACGCAAGCCGUGCUGCCAUCUUGGGCGCAGCUACCAAUGGCUGGUCUCCGCAGCGACAACACAAACGCGACUUCUUCAGCCCUCCUCCUUCUUCGUCUGAAGCUGGCGACAUGAUGAGCCCCACGGCCAGCCCGAGCCGCAACUUUGACCCCAAGGCUCUUCGCAGCCAUGGCCUCGUAUCCAAUAGCAUCUUCAAGCAGCCAGGUACCAGCAGCAGUGGGGCAGGUAGCAGCAGCCCUGCUUCGCCGACCAGACCAAGCGCUGGCAUUGGACGCGGAGCAUCGCCUGCUCCUAGCAGAAUGGGAGUUGGGCUUGGCAUCGGCGUCGAGCAGCAACGCCAACGCGCAGCCUUCAUGCCGAGCAGGAGCUCGAGGGAAGAGCUGAGCAGUCUUGCUGGCCAAGAGAAUGCUCAUGCUAGCGCUGUUCCUCCUCGCAAGAGCCAAGCAUACAGCAUGCUCACAAAGAGCAAUUACGUCACCAACAGCCCCUUCAAGUCCGGCAGCGGCCCUCAUUCGCCAGACGGCGCUUCUACUUCACAACAGACUCGUCCUCUUUCCUUUGCAGCAGCAGAGCCGCCCACUACGCCUCCUCAGUCGCCUCGGGCCGAGCUCUUCUCAACUCCUCGCGGUCCAGCUCGCUCGCCUGCAAGCGGCACUCCCUCCGGACGCAGCAACCUGACCUCCAACCGACUUCACGGUCCUCGCCAGAUGUCGUCAUCAGGCUCGCCGACCAAAGCCAGCGAGGAGGCAGCUGUCAAGCAAGAGCGACGCAAGACGGUCACCUUCGACGAGGAGCCCGACGUGCAAGAAUUUGACAAGGAGAGCAGCUUCGACGGACAGAGCCUUCGCAGCGGAAAUAGCAACGGCUCGCUGCAAUCUGAGGAGCGAUACGGUAGCCAAGCUGAGGCCGACCGAGCCUACUUUAACAGCCAGCGUCAGCAGCUCACCGUCAUGAAUGGCAGCCCUAGCGAGUCAGCAAGCAGCCCAGAGAUGCGAGAGCACGACAUCCUCUCACUCUCCUCCGCAGACUCGCGCGAGAUGUCCUCGUCCGAGGCAUCCCUGCCUUCGAGCCCCGAGAGGUCUGCAGGAGCUCAGCUUGGAGGAGAAGGGGACGCCUCGUACGACAAGACGUGGGCUACCGCAGCCGAUGAGACGGCAAAGGAUGGCAGCUACCUUAGCCUCGGGGGCCUUCAUCGCGUCGACAGCAUGGUCGACGAGCUGCUGCAAGCCGACAUCCUCACCACUCCGCCUCUCGAGGAGUCGCCGCCUCCUGCUCAGCAACAAGAGAAGCCCGUCAGAAGGGGCGCAACUCCUCGAACACAGCAGCGCGGGGCAGUAGAGGAAACCGCCGUGGAAAAACAGCUAAACCUUCCCAAGCCAGCUGAAGACCGUAGUCUGCCGACGCUGCCUAACUGGAGCCCAAUCAUGUUCGACUCAAAGGCUUUGCCUGACUUUGGAGGUGAUGUCUCCCAGCAAGCAGAGAUCGUCGCCCCAUCGAGCUCGUCCAACACCCCCACGCCUCCGCCCGAGGUCCCUCAGCAACGUCGUCCAGGCGGGCGACCUCACAUCUCGCGCGACGCUGUGCUGGAGCGCGUCGCGAAGGAGAAGAAGGCUCAGGCAGAGGCAGAGCAGAAGCACCAAGACGCGCUGCCUCAGCGCUCACAGGAAGCUGCCGACGUCUCUAUGCCCAUCUCCCGCACUCAGACGGAGCUCAACAAGGGUCGACCAUCUGCACCAGCUGCCGUGGUUCGCGGACCGUCCAGUCACCCCGAGUUGGCCUCUUCUCGUCCAGAGCCAUCGAUGUACGAGUCAAAGCCGCAGCCGACGCCAAGCCCCGUUGAGGAGCACAAGGUCGGCGAUAUCAGCCCUCUUGAUCGUAUUGGAGGCGCGCUCGCCUUGACGACCGAGCCUGUCGCGGCAGACGACUCGGCCAAUGCAGAGUCGCCCUGGUUCAACCCUCACCCAUCGCCGGCCGCUGGGUCCUCGCAGGCUCAAGGCAUCAAGCGCGAAGGGGCACCUGCUCAUCUGGCUCUGCCUUCGUCGAGCUCGGAACAGGUCGUUGCCGCACCGCCAAGCCCUGCUCUCAGCACGCACUCGAACCUUGGCCCGCUUCCUCCAGCCAUCACGCCGGAGCAGCACGCCGAGCAGAUCAUCGCGCGUCGUCGAAGCAAGAACAAGGGGCGAAGAAAGCGCAGCAUGAGCACAGGAGACGCGGGCGUCACUCACGCUCGAGCCGCACGAGCGGCGGCGGCAGCGUCCGGAGCAAAUGACGCCGAGAGCGCUCGCAUGCCUGACGCGGACGAGGAGAUGGAGGAGAUGGAGUCGCUUCCCUCUGACCGCGCCAGCAUCCAGGAGGACCUGCACAAGAGCAAGCUCAUGCUUGACCACACUGUACAGAAGGCAGUUGACGAGGGCUUUGGCAACGGCUUGUGCCGCGACAUCAGCCGCAUCUUCCGAGACGGCGAUUCGCCCUAUAAGGUCAAGGAUCGUGGGGCCUUCGCUGCCGCGUCCGAGGAGAAGAUCUCGCAUUCCACCACAGCAGGCGACGUUGAUGCUGGCAAGGCAUGGAGGAAGCUACGCCGCCCCUCUGACAUCAAUGAGUACGCCGAGGAGAUGCGCGCCUACCGCGCCAACGAGAAUCCCAAGAAGGCAGCAGGCAAAGUUUUCGUCAUGGUCGACUCGUUCCUGCCCGCCAAUCUGCCCGUCCCCGCGGUCCCCACCAAGUUCUUCUGCAUUCUCGACAACGGCUUGCACGUCGUCAAGACUGGAUUGAGCGAGCUCGGGUCGGCCUGCAAUCCAAUUGGCCAAGAGUUCGAGCUCAUCCAGCACAAGAAUCUCGAGUUCAGCCUCACCCUGUUUGUGCAGCAGGAGGAUCCGCGCUCGGCCAGCCCAACGAAGGAGAAGAGCAAGACCGGCAGCAUCACCAAGAGCUUCAUGAGCCGCUUGCUCCGCAGCCCGAAGAAGGGCAAGUACCAUGACCACGGCGACGAGCAGCAGAAUGGCCAAUCAUCCAUGGCCGCCUUCACCAACCGCGAGGGUGCCUUCGGUCGCGUGGACCUCGUCUUCGAGACGGUCGCAGCCAAAUGCUUGGGCAAGGCCCUCGUUGUCGACCUUCCCGUGCACGGCGUAGCAGACCCUGUCUCGAGCAUCUCAGGGCACGCCUCGAUCAACUCUCGUCGCCAUGCGGACUUCUCGCGCAAUCUCAGCCGAGCGCGCGGCCACCUCCGUCUCAAGCUCUUCUACCUCCCUCCCAUGCCCAGCGUGCCUAAGAAGCUCCUCCCCGAGAACUUGCGCGAGUGUCUGCUCGGCAUGGAGGCGGCCCAGUGGCAAUCCGAGCCUCGUCUCUCCGGCAUCCUCACACAGCAGGGUGGUGACUGCAGAACGUGGCGACGACGCCCCGUCAAGGCGCAGGGAUCCUUCCUGAUCUGCUACAACGAUGUCACCAAGCGACCCACAGUCAAGAUCGACAUCAGCAAAGCCAAAUCGAUCGACGAGUCCUGGGACCCGUAUGACCCGAGCCUGCUCAAGGGCCAAGAUGGCAAGAUGGCCUCGCGCAAGAGCAUGGCUGCAAAGUGGAACGCGGACGAGGAGCCGGACGAGUCUUAUCAUGUGCCGAACUCUUUCCGGGUCACAUUUGCGGAUGGAGAGGUCAUCUCCUUCUUCGCGGACACGGACGAGGAGCGCAAGCUCUGGGUCAAGGAGCUCAAGGCUAUGAUUGAGAGUCAGAGGGGGCAGGCGCCCAUGUGGGCGCAGGUGGCGUGGGAUAUUGUGCGGGGCGUCGAGGCAAGGAAGAAUGCCCCGUCUGCAAGCGGUAGCAGCUCUGCUUCGACCACAGCAAUGAGUCGCCAAAGCAGCCAGCUCACGACGACGUCUGCGGCUCCGAGCACCAGCUCAUCUAACAGCGGUGCUAGCGCUUUGGGUCCGAGCGGCUCGAACGGCAAGCUCUUUGCCAACAACAAGGUCCCGCCCACGGUGACCGAGGAGCCCGCUAUACCCCCGCCCGCCCGCUCUGCAAGCCCAGUGCGUCGCAAGCCACUUCCAAGCACGGCGGAUGGCUUGGCUCGCUCUCCUCUGCCAAGUACAGUCCCAUCAAGCGCCACGCCUCGACGUGCACCAACCACUCCUGUGCCCAAGACCCUCGGCGCCGGCGGUGGGGUCCCUGCUGGCAUCCUCCGGCCAGGGCAGAUCUUCAACUCCUCCACGCCUAUGCAGCAACAACGCUCAGCUAUGGCCUUGGGCACUCCUGGCAGCGCCGCGAGGCCGAACAUGCCUAUGCGCCCGCAAUCGGAGCUGUUCACGCCUGUGAGGAAGCAGAGCGUUGCCUUUGGGCAGCAGCCGCAGCGUCGCGUUUGAGCUGCUGAGCUGGUCCAAGUUGUGGACACUCUACUUCGAUUUCAUCAAAUCCUCUUGAACAUUUCCUUCCCCUUCACCUCUUCGACUUCCACACACACCGUAUAUUAACUCUUGCGGAAACGCAUCCACCCCGACCAUCCUCUCCUCUUCUCACCAUCUCGUAGCCUCGUCUCUUCUCGUUGUCUCGUUCCAGUUGCGCACGUUGUAGUCUCUCGAUUUCUCAAAGUGGCCCUUCGCGUUUCUUGUCAUUCGGUCCGAUCCUAUCGCAGAGAAAUUCAAUCUCGUUGCGAGCAUA